GAUUUUUUGAAAUUCUGACUACCCCUACCAUAUAAAAUAUGUCAGAAAUUACUAAAAAAAAUUUUGUUAACAUAAUCCCUAGUUUUGCGAUGAACCAGUCCUGAUGCAUCCAUCAGCUGCAGGUGCUGCUCAUUCUUUUGUAUCUUACUAACACUAUUUCAUUGCGAAGACUUGACGAUUUUCUUGCGGCUCAGUACUUUGGCUACAAUGUUUUACAUGCAGAACUGGAAAAGACUACUCCAAGGAUUAUCGAAUUAUUGACCACGGGUAUUACCUCGACAAUAAUUACGAUGUUAAGAAAAAAUCCAUUUCGUGCAGUGAAUAAUACCGCCGUGGAUUUAAUGAGGGCAUCGUUAGGGUCCCUGUAGUGACGAAGCGAGAUAGUUAUUAACUUUCAUACCUGUUAUCAGCAUAUUAGAUUAUUGAAAUUCUCUGGUGGUUGCGGGAGUUUUAAGAUAUAAGAAGUUAGGAAGAGCUUUGUGGUGUAACCGAAUGUCUUAUACUUCCACAAUUUGUAAGAAUCAAAGGCAGAGAAGUACUUACUGGCGUUGGCGAAACUAUAUAUUAAACAAUUAAGGAAGGGCUAAAAUCAGAUCUAACCGAACAUUUAAUACUCUCACAAUUUGUGUGGCUUAAAGGCGGUGAAAUGUUGUCAGGUGUUGACUUUGUAUUAAAAAAUGAUACGAAAGAAAUCAUUACUCAUUAUUCGAUGAAUGAUUCAAAGGAUUAUCAUAUUUGGUAUAUUAUUAAUUUAUAUUAUACGUGAUAUUUUCACAUAAUUUCAUUACUAUUACAUUUUGGUUCUUGUCCCAUAUGUUUAUAUUAAAUCAAUUUAAUUAACUCAAAUUGUCAUAUGGGAAAACAAUUCAACUAAAGAGGUUAAAUUUAAUAUAGUUUUUUGUAUAUGAGGAACCAGCCAGAGAAUGAAGAUCACUAUAUUAGGGAUAUGAGAUUUAUACCAAGGUCCACUUAAUUUCGUUAAAAUAACACGCUUAUUUGCCGACAUAAACGUAAUCUCUCGGGUAUAUUGGGACUAGGGGAAAAUUUGGGCUGAUUGAAUGAACGCCAAAUAUACUCGAGAACAUGUUUCCACGUAAUAUUGCGAAAAUAUCUCAUACACUGAUCUACAUAUUCGGCAUAAUAUAUGUUAUAAUAACAAUAAUUGUAUAGGGGAUUUGUGGACCGAUUUCACAUAAUCUGCAUUAAACUAUAGUAUAUAAUCAGGGGUGUUGUAAAAUUUGAUAGUUGUCGGAAUCAAAGUUGCAACCGAUUAAAAAUGCAGUGGGUGUCAUGAAUUCAGAUAUUAUUGGUUUGACGUUCGAAACAAAUUGUAUCGGUUUUGGGUGUCACGGAAACCAAUUUUAUCGGUUUUGUUAUCGUAAACAAAGGAAGAGGAUAUUCGCUGACAGAUUUGAAAUAUUUUUUUGACAAAUGGCCACAAUAGAUGGACGACCGACGCAAUAUGGGAUAUCUCUUAAACAAUUACGGGAGCUCAUGGAGCAUCGUGGCAGGGAAGGCGUAGUAAAACUAAGCGAAGUUGGCGGGGUCAAUAAAUUGUGUGACAAAUUAUAUACAUCCACAAAUGAUGGCUUAAGGGGAUCAAGAUCUGAUAUUGAACAUAGGCGCGAAACGUUUGGUUCAAAUGUCAUCCCACCGAAACCUCCAAAAACUUUUUUAACAUUGGUUUGGGAAGCGCUACAGGAUGUAACACUCAUUAUUUUAGAAGUAGCAGCUUUAGUUUCACUUGGAUUAUCUUUUUACAAACCCGCCGAUGAGGAUGCACCCGUACUACAAGAAGAGGAGGAUCAUCACGGUUGGAUUGAAGGUCUAGCCAUAUUGAUAUCGGUCAUUGUUGUAGUAUUUGUGACAGCGUUCAAUGAUUAUUCGAAAGAGCGCCAAUUUCGAGGACUGCAGAAUCGUAUUGAAGGUGAGCACAAGUUUUCGGUUAUUCGCGGAGGAGAGGUGUGUCAAAUAUCUGUUGGUGAUAUUGUUGUCGGGGAUAUUGCACAGAUAAAGUACGGCGACUUGUUGCCAGCCGACGGUAUACUUAUACAAAGUAACGAUUUAAAGGUCGAUGAAUCUUCUUUAACGGGUGAAUCAGAUCACGUUAAGAAAGGUGUAGACGUAGAUCCCAUGGUUCUUUCGGGUACACACGUUAUGGAAGGUAGCGGGAAAAUGGUGGUAACUGCUGUGGGUGUAAAUUCUCAAGCAGGUAUAAUAUUCACGCUAUUGGGUGCUGCUGUUGAUGAACAAGAAGCUGAGCUGAAAAAGCGGAAAAAAGAAGCUAAAAAGUCGAGAAAGCAAAGCAAGAGCUUAACAGGUGCUGAUGAUGGCCGGGCACCCAUUAAAAACAUGUCACCACCGCCAACAGACGGUAUCAAAUCUGAAUCCGAUGGUAAUCACGUUCAACAGGUUUCAACCCCAGCUGAAGCUAGUCAUAAAAAGGAAAAGUCUGUGCUGCAAGCGAAAUUGACAAAGUUGGCUAUACAAAUUGGCUAUGCUGGUUCAACAAUAGCUGUAUUAACAGUAGUUAUACUAGUUAUCCAGUUCUGUAUAAAGACAUUUGUUAUUGAAGAAAAACAGUGGAAGAAUACUUAUGCGAACAAUUUGGUCAAGCACUUAAUUAUUGGUGUCACCGUAUUAGUAGUAGCAGUUCCAGAAGGUUUGCCAUUAGCUGUUACACUGUCGUUAGCAUAUUCCGUGAAGAAAAUGAUGAAAGACAACAAUUUAGUGAGACAUUUAGAUGCUUGUGAAACCAUGGGUAAUGCCACUGCCAUUUGCUCGGAUAAGACUGGUACUCUUACAACAAAUCGAAUGACUGUCGUUCAAUCUUACAUAUGUGAAAAAUUGUGCAAAGUUCUUCCCACCCUGAACGACAUACCGCAGCAUGUAGGCAGUUUGAUAACAAUGGGUAUUUCAGUGAAUUCAGCUUACACAUCCAAUAUUAUGACCGGUCAAAACCCAGGGGAUCUACCAACACAAGUAGGCAAUAAAACUGAGUGUGCUUUGCUAGGAUUCGUUCAAGGUUUGGGAGUCAAAUAUCAGUCGAUUCGUGACGAAAUUACUGAGGAUAAGUUUACACGAGUAUACACAUUUAAUUCCGUUCGCAAAAGUAUGGGUACAGUAAUUCCUCGUCCAAAUGGCGGAUAUCGUCUAUUUUCAAAAGGAGCUUCUGAAAUUAUGCUUAAAAAGUGUUCUUUUAUUUAUGGCCAUGACGGAGUUUUGGAAAAAUUCACUCGUGAUAUGCAAGAGCGGCUCAUACGCGAAGUCAUUGAGCCUAUGGCUUGUGAUGGCCUGCGUACUAUUUCCGUUGCUUAUCGUGAUUUUGUACCUGGCAAAGCGGCAAUAAACGAAGUUCAUAUUGAUGCCGAACCAAACUGGGAUGACGAAGAAAAUAUUAUGACUAACUUGACAUGCUUAUGUGUUGUGGGAAUUGAAGAUCCCGUCCGUCCCGAAGUUCCUGAUGCUAUACGGAAGUGUCAACGAGCUGGCAUAACUGUUCGCAUGGUUACCGGUGAUAACAUUAAUACUGCUCGUUCAAUCGCUUCCAAAUGUGGAAUUUUGCGACCAAAUGACGAUUUCCUCAUUUUAGAAGGCAAAGAAUUUAACCGUCGAAUUAGGGACAGUAAUGGAGACGUUCAACAGCAUUUACUUGAUAAGGUGUGGCCCAAGCUGCGAGUGUUAGCGCGGUCAUCACCAACUGACAAAUACACCCUUGUUAAAGGUAUUAUUGACAGCAAAGUAAGCGAAAACCGUGAAGUCGUCGCUGUGACUGGUGAUGGGACUAAUGACGGUCCUGCGUUGAAGAAGGCUGACGUAGGCUUUGCAAUGGGAAUUGCUGGAACGGAUGUGGCAAAAGAAGCUUCCGAUAUUAUAUUGACAGAUGAUAAUUUCAGCAGUAUUGUAAAGGCAGUAAUGUGGGGGCGUAAUGUGUACGAUUCAAUCGCUAAAUUUUUGCAAUUUCAACUAACAGUGAAUGUCGUUGCCGUGAUUGUUGCAUUUAUUGGCGCUUGUGCAGUCCAAGAUUCACCACUAAAGGCUGUUCAAAUGUUGUGGGUAAAUCUUAUUAUGGACACUCUUGCAUCGUUGGCCUUAGCUACUGAACUUCCAACACCAGAUUUGCUUUUACGUAAACCGUACGGUCGUACUAAACCUCUGAUAUCACGCACAAUGAUGAAAAACAUUUUGGGACAAGCUUUGUAUCAGCUAUUUAUUAUAUUCGGGCUAUUGUUUGUGGGAGAUUGGAUACUUGAUAUUGAAUCCGGGCGUGGCCAAGACCUUGGUGCUGGACCGACACAACAUUUUACUAUAAUUUUUAAUACAUUCGUAAUGAUGACUUUGUUCAAUGAGAUAAAUGCAAGAAAAAUACAUGGACAAAGAAAUGUAGUAGAAGGUUUAUUCACUAAUCCGAUAUUUUAUACAAUUUGGAUUUUCACAAUGAUUUCGCAGGUUGUUAUAAUACAAUAUGGCAAAAUGGCAUUCUCCACUAAGGCACUAUCUCUUGAUCAGUGGUUAUGGUGCAUAUUCUUUGGUAUUGGUACGUUAGUCUGGGGACAAUUAAUCACUUCUGUGCCUACAAGAAAAUUGCCUAAAAUUUUAUCGUGGGGUCGCGGUCAUCCCGAAGAAUACACUGAUGCUAUGCAUUUGGGAGAAGAGCGCUUUGAUUCCAUUGACUCAGAUAAGAAACCACGCGCUGGUCAAAUACUAUGGAUUCGAGGACUGACUCGUUUACAAACACAAAUUUCAGUACCGUUGCGCGUUAUUCGUGCAUUCCGCUCAACAUUGGAAGAUUUGAACGAACGCCGUUCGAUGCACAGUCUGCAUAGCUUGCGCAGUCCACGAGGCACAAUACCCGGCUACCCGCUUUACAAUUCUAACCUGCUUAAUCCUAAUUAUGCUCAACAGCAACGUAGGUACAGCGCACAACAGCAGUCGCCACUAGCGAAAAUUAACACUCAGCCUGACAACGGCAUCGAUGGGUCGACGACGGGAGCCGCCCUAAUAUCUGAUAUAUCCUACAUCGACGAAGAGCCGCAGCAGCAGCAGCGUUUAAAUUUUUUGGGCCACGGGACGGUUGGUGGUGCAAGCAACGGCCAAUCGACACAACGCUGGUCCAACGGCUUUUCCGACGUGACCCACCAAAUACACCAACAACAAAAGCAGCUACAAACAGAGACACGAAUUUAAAAUAAUUAAAUAAUAUUUAAACAAAAACCAACAAUAAUAAAAGUAAAAUAAUUAAUUAGUUCAAACAGGGAAACACAGGCGACAUAUAAUCAUACAUAUAGUAACAUGUACUCACCACACCAACGCAAAUAACUGCACUAACACGACACAUUUUGCGGAAAUAAUGACAUUCCAUACCUACAUAUGUAGAUACGAAUGUCAUGUAAAGUUCAAUAAACUGACUUCUUACAGGCAUAUCAAUAAUCGGCUUAUUUUAAUACCCAAUCAAACCUAUGUACUUAUCAAUAUUGCGUAUGUAUGUAUAUCUUUCGUACAUAUGUAUGUUGUAUUUGGCACUUUGUAAUUGAUAGCCUAAUUUCAGGCGUUCAAUCGUUUUAUAUCAUGUUUUUUUGGAUAAAUCAGUGAUAGCACAUACAUAUGUAAAACAAAAAAAAUUGGCAUUUACCAUUUGAUACCCUUUUUGUAUACGCUUUUGACAUUAAUCAACAAUAUAGCUUUCCCUCCUUCGCUUAAUUCUAUUUAUAAGUUUCACAUAAUUAAAAAAGUCUAAAACAAUGUACACAAUAUACAUAUUUACAUUUUUCUUCAUUUCGUACACUAUGCUUGACAUCUCUUCCCGGAAAUUAUUUAUCGAAAUAAGUUUAUUGAAAAAUUUGCAUAUUCUUUUGUAUACCAGCUGUGUUAUUUUUUGCUGACACAAAACAAUUAACGAUAAACUAAGUUACUUAAAAUAAGCUCUUUAGGCUUGCAGUAUUACGGUAAUUAAAAGUCACAAAUACUCAUACAGUGGCAAAUGUUUGAAAAAAUAUGCACAAGCAGUAAUAACUAACAAACAGUUGUUCAAAGGUUUUAAAAUAUAAUAUAUAAAUAUACACAAAUAUUAAAAUUAUUGUUUGUAUGGCUACUUUAAGUAUAAUCAUUUUCUAAAUUAAAGAACAUGAAUGCAUGCUUAGGCUUUCGAUUAUGCAGUUUUGCCCUAAAAAUACGCCAACACAUUUGGAAUUUAUAACGACUAAUAGCUUUUUGAGUAAUAUAUAUGUAUAGUCAGAAUUUUUUGUGAAUUGAAAAUAUACGACUGAUUUGUUUUCUCUAUAUUGAAGUUCAAUUUAUCCAUAAAUUCGAUUAUAUAGUUGUUUUUUUUUUUUUGGCUCAUCAUACAUAUGUAUAAAAAUGAAAUUCACACAACCGCAGGAAUUGUAGCUUCGGACGCUUUCAUAAACGACCCAACGAUAAGCCAACAGUUUCUGUUCUAAAUGCACAGUCGAACUGCGCCGAGAUUUUAUUUUCUGUUAUUAUGUUAUGUAUUAUGUAGAAUUUUUGUCUUAAGUGCGUUCAAAAUAUUUAACGCUCUUUCGUGGUUUCGCUAAAUUUCGUUCGUGUGAGUCGCGAGAGUCUUUAGUUCAGGAAAUUAUUUUCUACGCACAGGAGCGUAUGUACAAAAUAUGAAAAGCAUUAAAUUUAUUUAUUUUGUAAAAAAUAUACUAGGAAAACCUGAUCCGGACGUCAAUUUAAAGUUUAGCGUUUAUACACAGGAAAUAUAUAUAUGGUAAUAUAAGCAGAGAUAUAUUUUUUAUAUUUAAAUAAAAUAAUUUAAAGUUAGCGUGCUUUUGUGUCAAAUGUACUUAAUGAGUUUAAAAAUACGUUACUAGGCGAAGUUUUGUUUAAAAACAUAAAUAAGUGCACAUUUUUUGGUCACAGUUUAUGCAUAUUAUAUUAUUGUCAUACUAUUUUUACACCUGUUUGGGCUGACUACAGUACUUAUACGAGUACAUCAUCGGUAUGCAUCAUCAAACAACAUUGCAAAACGAAUUAUUUGGCAUUAUAGAACUUUUUUUACUAUUACUUUCACAAUAAACUGUUUUUUUCGAGAUAAAGAUAAAAAAGAAUGAAUUUAAAUCCGAUAGUUUAAUUAUAAAACAACUGCUUAGUUUUCACCGAAAAGUGAAGCACAAACAUUAUUCAAAUAUAUAGGAAAGUGUUUUCAAAGUAUAUUUUUUUUUUGCCAGAAUCACUGAAAUGAAUACAUUUGAGUCCGCCAUUGUUGCAUAUGUAAUGCUUGAAACCGUCACCGACGUACUUAUCGUCCGUAUUAAAACAUCAUGACAUUAUGCCCGAAGUGGCAACGUAGAAAUCAGUUACUCUCUUUUGCUUCCAUUUCACCAAUGUUGGCAUUGCUCAAUUUGUAUACAUGAUUUUGCACAUAUUUAGUUUUCUAGUUAUAAUUUUCCAUAAUGUAAAAGCUCAAAACCAAUUAUUAAAAGUAGUCUAACUAAUUAUAAAUGAAUGUAUUGACUGUGAUUUUGAGUUAGUUUAAGAAUUUGUCAAAUAUAUUCAAGGUUAUUUUUUAACUACCACAAAAUAUCGAGACUGGCAACCCUGAGUUGCAAGCGGGCAAUCAGCUGACUCAUUUUUACGAGACAAAUCCAAUUUUUGCGGAUAUCCUACGGUACGGUCUGUAGAAGCGGACGGUAAAAGCGGUGGUGACUUCAUUUACAUUGCACUCUUAUAAGAUAGCUCUUAUCAGCUGUUUCGGAAUACGGGUUUACCUCUGUGACUGUUUCUAGCAUAAAUAUCAAAAAGCCUGAACUUUCUUAGUGGUGCAGAAUUUUUUCUGUGACUAUGCAUCGACGUAACCCUGCUUUCUUUUCAUUGGUUUCUUUAGUUUUGGGAAUAGGAAAAAGUCACAGGGAGCCAAAUUAGGGGAAUACGGUGGUUGAGGCAUGAUCGGUUUUGUUUUUGAGCGAUACUAAUGCGACAUUGCUUUUGCUCAAAAUUUAGCAAUUUCGGAACAAACUUCGCUGCCACACGUUUCACGCCCGAAACCUUUAAAAAAUUGAUGGCAUGAGCCGAUUGAUAUGCCAAUAUCCUCUGCAACGACGAUUUUCAAGAACAAUUGUUUCGAUGUUUUCUUCGCUUGUUGACGUGGUCGCACCUCCAGGAUGCUCAUCGGCAUCAACAUCUUCUUGGCUUUGUGUAAAGCGCUUGUACUGCUUAUAUUUGGACCAAGUAGACUAACCGAAUGCCACAGUCAACAUUUCAAGUGCCUUGGAGCACUUUAUUCCAUUUUUAACGCAAAAUUUAAUACAUAUUCUUUGAUCCAUUUAUUUCAAAAGUCAAAAAUCAAGAGCACACAAAACUCUUUCUGUUGUCAAAAACAAACUACUAAUCGAAAUUGGCUCCUAAUACAAGCACAUGAUAAACAUAUGUGUCCGAUUAUAACCAAAACAAAAUAUCGAUAAUCGAAUGUUGACAGCCCGCGAAAAAUUAAAAUUCAUCUUUUACUUUGAACACACUUCGUACAUAUAAAUGAUUUUAGCAAGAAACUUAUUUUAUUUUUUAUAAAUUGGCUGAUAUUGAUUUUUACACUGACUUUACAAUUUUACACUGUUAGUGUUAGAUCACCGAAAAUACCAGUUGAUUUGUUGAAAAUGUUUAGUUUCGCUGUACUGGGCCGUCACAGCCGUAAGUGUCUGGAUUUUUAGGCAAAAUCCAGGCGAAUAGGCAAAUUUAGAGGGUGUAAGCGUCUUGUGAUUUGAACUUUGUACGAAAACAGGUUUAAGUCAUCAUGAAUUAUCCGUUGUAAUGACCGUCUACUAAUUUCAAAUUGAACUUGCGAGUCGAAACAUUAGAUUUGCCUGAAUUGACGAUGCAACAGCCGCGGUUGUUUCUUGAACACGAACAUACGGAUCUCGAUGGUACGGUCUUCUUGCAAUACUUCCAGAUUCGGCAAACAUUUUUACCAACCUCAUAAUGGUCCAUCUACUCGGGAGAGUAUCGCCAAAAUCCUGCCUGAUUUUCCUUUGGACGGAAGUGACGGACUGCAAAGCAUGAUACGGCUGCACCAUCCAAACCUUCUUUGGCGGUAUCCCAAGCACUCAAUUUAACAAAUUUAAAUAAUAACCUGCCAGAUAAAAAAGAGUAAAUCGAUUAUUCACACAGAAAAAAAGUAUUUACGACUUGUUUUUGUAGCACGAUUCGUGAGCUACCCUGUAUUAAAAUCAUCAUCAAAUAAGAUUGGACAUAAGCUCAACCAAAACGGCUAACUAUAUUUUAUGUUUAGUUGAUGUUGACGUUCUAACCAGAGAAUCGGAAUUUAUUAUAUCAAGGAUAUGAGAUUUGGACCAAGGUCUGAACCAUUUCCAUUCAUCUUCAGCCCUAAACCAUAGCUUGUUCACUCAAAUUUAUUAAAAUAUCAUUCACAUCACAUUUAGACUAACCUAAACACUUCAAUUACAGGUGAGAAGUCGGAAAUCAUUAGGGUAUAGUGGGGGCAGUAAAGGUCUGGGCUGUUUUCACUAAAUUUUGACAUUGCUCAGUUAUAUUCAAGAAUAGGGUGACCACCUUUUCAAGAUCUCAUUUUCGUACACAAAAAAUUUUUUUUCUUGCCUCUUUCUAUAAUGAUAGUUAGAUUACUAUAAGUUUAUAUUAUGUACAGUUUUUAAUUAAUGAAAAAACGGUGCUUGCAAAUGCAAUUUAAUUUAAUUUGCGUAUUUUUCAUUUGAUGCAAUUUCCUUCAACAUUUUAGGUUGCAUUUUUAAAAAUUCAAAAAAUUUCUUACAAGUGAUUUUAAUGUUGUAUCGAACAUAUAAAAGAUCUCGCAAUGUUUCGAUCUUUAUUUGUGAUUUUUCAUCGUUCCAAAUCUGAUUGAUCAGAGAAAAUACUCGUUCAACGGUGGCUGAUGUGCCUGGCAAGGAGAGAAUAUACGAUAUGAUUCUGACCAUGUGGUUGAAUGGAACCUUCUUUUUGACGAAAUGUUGAAAAAUUUCAACCCAGCGUUGAUCGGUGGCAGUACCAUUUUCUUCCCACGAUUGGAUUUUCUAUUCGGUUACGUAUCUUUCCAAAUACGUGAACUGAUCGAAUAAAUCAGUAUCGGAUGAUUCCAGAUCAAAAUGGUUAUUGGUUGCGAUGUACUUCGCGGUGGUUUCGAUAAACUUCCAUUGCGGUGGUUGAUCAAGCGCACACCAGGCAAAAAUCAUAAUAUGGUCAAAUUGUUCUUUCCACUUUUCAAUAUAUUUUAUACAUGAUUCUAAGAAAGAAAUGAAUAAAAUCUUUUAAAUUGAAAAUAAAUCUAAAUUAAUAUUCGAACCAUAGAAUUGACGUGAGAGAUCUUGCAUCUCUUCUUUUGACACUCUUUCGUCAACAGCAGAAAUAUGUUCCAUUUCCUUUUGCACUGUAGCGGACAAAAAUGCUUCUUUUUUCCGAGAUUCGAGCGAUUGGACAAAAGAAUUGAGUGCAUGCCCAACUUCCAUUGCAUUAUUAUUGUCGCUUUCCACUGCUUUAACUGUUCUGUUGAAAAUAGAUGCCUACAUAAGAAAUUAAAAAGAAAGUUAUUGGUGCCUGACACAUUUCAUUCCCAUUAACCGAUACUUACUUGAUCACGAAGGAAAAGCAGCCACAUCUUGGCCCUUUGAUCUUCAAAAAAUAGUAGCAAAGAAUUUGGGGUGUUGGGAUCUCCCAAAAAAUACUCCUUAAGACCAUCAAAAAUUCUUAAUAUUGAGUCGACUGAUGACAACAAGCCUAGGAAACGAGUUUUGCUGUAACCUAUCAGUUUUUUAUAUUCCACAUCCACGGAUUCACAAAUUUUUUUCAAUUUUGCGACACGCACGGUGAACAAAUAGAAAUGUGAAUAAAUUUUGACUACAAUCAUCUCCACAUCAAAAAGCAUUUUGUCGCAAGCUUUUUUUAAAGUAUUGUGAACAAUAUGCGCUGCACAUCCAACUCCAAUCAAUCCAGGAUAAAGCUGCUUCAGUUUGUAGAACACAUUAUUUGUGCCGGUUCGAUUAACGUUGCCAAAAUUACACGCCGCGUUAUCUCCACAAAACGCAACUAGUUUCUUAUUUAUGCUCAAUUUGUUCAUAGCGCUAUUCAGCAAAUUUACAAUUAUUUCGGAACUUUCUCCAUGUGCAUCUACCAAGUCUAUAAUUUUCACUUUGACGCCAUCCUUUUCCGAAAAGAAGCGAACUAAUAUCGGAAACAUUUUUGUGCUGCCAUGAUUAGAGGCGUCCGUCAAUAUAGUGAAGAAAUGGCAGUCAGUCAUUUAAGUCUUUCUGGAGCUCUUGCAAUACGAACGGUGCGAACACUCCGGUUGCGAUGGCUUCGCAUUUCGUUCGCGCACAAGAAAAUUUGGACAUUGCAUUUUCGGCCGAGCGAAAACUGUGAUUAGAACUUAUCACAUGAAAUGCCCAAACGCCUUCACACGCCGCGAUAUGGGCAUCUGUUCCGGUCAAAGUAGAACUUUUUAAAUAUCUAUUGAGUGUGUGGCUGGACGUGGCAGCGUGCAAUGCAUUUUGGUGAUUUUUUGAUUUAAUAUGCGACUCAAUGUCUCUGCGACCACUAUGCAUAAUACUAAAACCCGUGUUGCACACUUCGCAAAGGACAUCACUUUCGGUCUUCGCUUUCUUAAUAAACGAAAAUUCUUCGCGCAAUUUUUCGUUAAAUAUAUUUACUCCACGUUUUCGCGACAUUUAAAAAAAAUAAUACAACGUACACACACAAUAGCGUCGCUUCCACAAUAUCACCUGUCAGCAUAAGUUCCACAAAUUGUUGGUAGAAAAUACAUGAAUAAAUGUAAAUAAGAAGAGCUUUAACAUAUGUAAUUUCUCUUUAACACGAACAAAUACAAUAAAAGCAUUCCACAAACGGCGUUGCCAUAAUGGCGAGUUUAACAUAGUUAAAGCUGGGUGAAUAUAUUUAAUUUGCAUUAGGGGUAUUCAUUCCAUCGUCACGGGUGGGACACAAUUGUAUAGCAAUUUUUUGUUGUUUUAACGCAAAUUACGUACAUCAAUCCGUUCAAUUUACGUACAUUUUCGUGAUUUUCGCUAAAGCUUCGGUACACGGUACAUGGCUCCAAAUUUACGUACUGUACGUGUCAUUUACGUACAGGUGGUCAGCAUAUUCAAGAACAUAUUUUAAGAAAUUUUAUAAAUACAUAACUCAUACACUGGCCGACCUAUUCAGCAUAAGCUUUGUUAGAAUACGGAAGUUUUUAUAUGUACGGUAUAAUGCCAACCGUAAGUUUGAAAAUCUUAUAUAUGAGAGAUAGGUGUAGUAUUGAUGCUUAUCUAUUUUUGUGUGUAUCAUAUAAUAUAAACAGAAAAAGAUAAUCUCUGAGUUUAAUUAAGGUACCUCAUAUACCAUCACCAAUAUACGCGGGAUAAAGUCAAUCGCAAGUUUUAAAAUCCUGAUAUUAGUUAUAUGGCGUCUAGGGCAAGAUUCCACUCGAGUUUAUCCAUUUUGUGCACAAAGAUACAUUGUUAUUAGAAGAACAUAUUGGCCGAUAUUUGCGGUAAAAAGUCAGUUCGGAAGUUGAAAAUUUUUCUAUUACGUGUAUGGGGACUAAGGGAAUUAUUGAUCCGAUUCAAGAUAUCUCAAUUUUUACUCAAGAUACAGCUUGCACAGACGGACGGACAGGCAGUCACCCGGAUUUCAACUCGUCUCUUCAUCUUGAUCAUUUAUUUAUAUAGAACCCCAUAUCUAUCUCUAAUAGUUUUAGGUGAUACAAACAACGGUUAGGUGAACAGAACUAUUAUAACUUGUAGCAACAUGUUGCAAGAGUAUAAAAAUAUAAAAGCAUAUUGAUUGGUUUUACUGUAUAUACCUAUUAUAUAUCAAUAAAUUACCCAGUAGAUAGUUUUUCCGAUUUCCUGUAUGUAUGUAUAUACCACCUUGUUGAGUGGGUGGAUAUCCAUUGGUAUUAGCAUCCAUUAUGUAUGUAUGUGCAAAUAAAAAGAGUAUUGUCUAAACACAACACUCUCAAAUAUGAACGCAGGUACAAAUGUACAUAGAUUACAUAUAACGAUGACGUUUUUGACUUAAGUUUUGACAAUUCCAAUUUAACAAGCCAGAAUUAGCAAGUACAUACUUCUGUAUACCUUUACAAAAAUUCAUGUACAUAUGGUUAUGAAAAAGAAAAAAAAUAUCAGAGAUAUUUACCUAAAAAAAAUGUAUAAAUAUUUUAAAAAUAUUAGUUCAACCGUAUUAGUACCAUCGUGAUCUUUUACAACAGCUAUCUUCGAUUUACCAAGCGUUGGUGAGUACCGAAUCGAGCAAACUAUGCCAGAUGACCAAACAAAUGCGCAGUACUUGCGGUGCAACCCUGCGCUGACAUGUCUUCUGACGCAUGUGCAAUUGGUUAAAUUUUUUUCCUGGUGGAGAAAUUCUGCUUUUCGCGGCAAAAACCGUUUUAGUAACAUCGUAAUUUGGUUUCCUAUAAAUAAUUUAAUAGAUUUAAAGCCGUCAAUUUAUAAAAUACAAGAAGUAUUCCAUUUCCAAUUUCAUUUUUACCAAUAAUUUUUCAUUUGAGUUAUUCACAAUAGUAAAAUUGAUCUAAAAUAUGGGAAACAAAAUGGUUGUGCCACUUUAAUGAGGUAUCCACAUACUUUCUUGUACGAAUUCAACUCGAUAACUUUGUUGUUGCUUUUACAUGUAACUUUUUUGACAAGAGAGUAACGUGGAAAGAUAGCAAGCAGAGAAAUGGUGAAUCGAAGAGAACAAAUGUUUGCUAGCUAUUAUUAUUACACAUUUUUUGUUUUAUUCUUUUUAGCAAACUUUUUUUUAUUAAUUCUGUUUAUAUAUACAAAAUUGUUUUAUAUAUGUAUGCUUUCACUUUGCUUACUUAAAGUUAAUGCAAUACUUUAUGUAUUUCUAUUAUUUAAAAAAUAAGCAAUACUAUAAGUAUCAAAAGUCAAUAUCUAAUGCACUUAUUAAAUGAAUAAAUAUCUACUAUAAAUCUA